AAUAACAGAAUGGAAUUCUGGAAUCUGGCUAUCAGAAUAAUUUUUUUGUCACAGACUACAACUGGAAUUCUGGGAAAUUUAUCUGUACUUUACUCCUAUCUAGUCCGGUAUGGAGAAUGCAAAUUAAAGCCCACAGAUUUGAUUCUUAUGCACCUAAUGACAGCCAACACCAUAAUCAUUCUCUCUACAGGUGUGGCACACACAAUGGCAACUUUUGCGUUGAAGCAGUUUUUAAAUGACUUUGGAUGCAGAUUAAUUUUGUACAUUCAAAGAAUUGGACGGAGUGUGUCUAUUGGCACCACCUGCCUCCUGAGUGUCUUCCAAGCCAUGAACAUCAGUAACAAGAAAUCCUGCUGUAAAGAUCAAAAAGUCAAAGCUUCAAAGUACAUUGGCUGCUCCAUUGCCAUUCUCUGGGUCUUGUAUAUGUUGAUAAAUACCAUUUUCUUUGUGUAUCCAAUUAUCAAAAGUAAUAUUAAAAAUGUGACAAGAGAACGAGACUUUGGAUACUGUUCAACUGAUGAACAGGAUGAAAUCAAGGACUCAAUCUAUGUAGUAUUAGUGGUGUGCCCUGAAGUCUUUUUUUCUGUUCUUAUUGCCUAUUCCAGUGGCUUCAUGAUUGUCAUUCUGUACAAACACAAGCAGAAGGUUCAAUAUAUCCGUAGCACUCAUGAUUCCAAUAGAAACUCUCCUGAGUCAAGAGCUACAAAGAAGAUCUUGAUCCUGAUAUCUACAUUUCUGGCUUUUUAUACACUCUCCUCAAUCUUACAAGGCUGCAUUGCUCUUUUGCAUAAUCACAAUUGGUGGCUUGUGAACAUCACUUGCCUAACUUCUUUGUGUUUUCCCUGCUUUGGACCCUUUAUUCUUAUAAAUCAUCAUUUCAUGGUACCUAGACUCAGUUUGAUCUGGAUAAGGAAUAAAAAUUAA